AUUUUCCAACACUUUCCUCUUCCUAUAUCAUCAUCAUCUACUCCUCUCUAAUCCUACGCACUCCUCAACUAAACCUUAACACACCAUCCACACACACACACACAAUUUCACACAUCGGUAUUCGCUAUCGUGCGCAUAUGGGGGGUGCCGGUGGAAACGGUAACGGCGUCGGAGUGGGCGGUCCGCCGGCGGAGUCACUGUACUCAGGGGCUAGGGUUUCGGUAUGGUGGGAUAUAGAAAACUGUCAAGUACAAAGAGGAUCUGAUCCUCAUGCGAUUGCACAGAAUAUAAGUUCUGCUCUUGUUAAUAUGAAUUACUGUGGACCUGUUUCCAUUUCUGCUUAUGGUGAUACUACUAAGAUCUCUUCUUCUGUUCAACAAGCGUUAAAUAGUACUGGAAUUGGCCUUAAUCAUGUUCCUGCAGGUGUCAAAGAUGCAAGUGAUAAGAAGAUUCUCGUGGACAUGUUAUUCUGGGCGGUAGACAAUCCGGCACCUGCUAAUUAUUUGUUGAUUUCGGGAGAUCGUGAUUUUUCAAAUGCGCUUCAUCAAUUACGCAUGCGCCGAUAUAAUAUUCUUCUAGCACAACCUCAAAAAGCAUCUGUUCCACUCAUCGCUGCUGCGAAGACUGUUUGGCUCUGGACAAGCCUUUCUGCUGGAGGACCGCCUCUCACAAAUAGUGAAUCAAGUCAACUUGUAAAUAACAGCUACGGUUCUUUACCCUUUUCGGACGCAUUAUCUACGUCAUCGAGUGACUCCAGUAUGAUAAAACAACUUGACACUUCCCAUGAAAGCCCACAGAAGUUUAACAAUAUGGGAAGGGGUACAGAUAGUAAACAGAAGGGCAAGCCAGUUCGUAGAAGUGUGAAUCAACCCAAUAUAUCACGAAAUUCAUCUGCAAUGUCCGGCACACAAGAAAAUCAUAGUGCUGGAAACUUUCAUCAACCAGGAUAUGGAUAUCCUAAGCAGUUCAAUGAUUCAGUGGAGCUGCCUGGAGCUCAUAACUCAAGAACUCCUUUCAGUGGGCCUUUACCUGCCUCAAGCUGUGUUCCUGGUAAUCCCGAGGCUUCCUGGACAAAUGGAAACAACUCACAGAACAAUUAUCAAAAUAAUUAUACUCCUGUAAGGCCAAACCACUUCCCUGUAUCACCUGUAAUUCCACCUGGUAAUUUCCUACCACCAAAUUCGCAUGUGCAUCGUUCGCAAUCAAUGCCUCCUAGGUCUGAUGCACAAGGCUUCACCUCAGGCCCUCAAAUACCUAUGCCUGAUAUGGGUAAGCUAAAAAUCAGUGAAACCUCCAAUAAUGGUCAUAAUCGUCCUUUUUCUCAACCUCGGAAUGGAGAAUCGAGACAACCUCCUAAGAUUGAGAAUUCUCAUACAAAUAUAAAUGGGCCUCAUAAAGGACACAAUUUGCAGAAGAAAACACCACCUUACGUCGAAAAAGAGGCGAACAGGUAUCCACAUCCCAGCCCUGAGAUUCCACCACCACUGCCACAGUCAUCUACAACAAAUAACAAUAAUGGACCUACCAAUGGCGUGUGGGGAGCUCCAGGAUGCCCAAAGCCUUCUGAUUAUAUUCAAGGCCUUAUUGGAGUCAUUUUACUUGCAUUGAACACCCUAAAAUAUGAGAAGAUUAUGCCUACUGAAGCAAACAUCGCCGAUUGCGUCAAAUAUGGAGAUCCAAAACACCGCAAUACUGAUGUUAAGAAGGCUCUCGCGAGUGCAGUUGAACAACAGCUGGUAGUAACACGGAAUUUAGGUGCUUUGCAAUUGUAUGUUGGUAAAAAUGAGAACCUAUGGAGGUGUGUGAAUCCCAUUGGUGGUAAUAUGAAACACUAUCCCAAAGAAGCAUGGGAUAACCUCCAGAAAUUUCUAUCAUCUCCCGCUGGACGAGCCGCCAUAAGUGCUACUCAGUGCAGGUUUGAAGCAGCUACAGUUAUUAAGAAAAUGUGCUUAAAGGAGCUUGCUUUAGGCGAAAUACUUCAGAUCUUGCAUAUGGUUAUCAAUAUGAAGAAGUGGCUUGUACAACCUCAAUCCGGGUGGCAACCAAUUAAGAUUACUCUCGCAGAGAUCGUCCCCGACUCAGGGGUGGUAGCUGCGACCUAAGAUCUGGUUAUGGAUGGGGAGAGACGGCUUAUAGGUACUUCUUAUCAGUUCCUUCACGCGCCUAUCGACUGAACUGGUAACAGGUCAAUCUAGCCCAUUUCUCCUCUUAAAGUGUUGCAGUAGGUUAAGUAGCUGUAUUUAUGGUUAAUUAGAUUGUUCUGGAGUAGAUACAUUUAUAGUUUGGCUGUUUUAUCUUUUCCUGGGAAAUCAGAAAGCACUGUGAUGAGAACUUAUGUUGGAUGCUUUAAGAAAGCCUUCUGGGACGUUGGGGUUUGGCUGGAAUUCUAAAAUACCUUAAGUGAGAGAUUGCUAUCACAUCGGUGGUUGGUGCUUCGUAUUUUGGGCUAUUGCUUCAUUGCCCGGUUAUUGAUUAUUGAUUAAGGGGAUCAAUAUUUGUGGAAAGUCGCGAACUGUGAUUCUGGAGCUCUUCGACUAACAUAUGUGAGAAUAUCCUAGUUGCUUUUGUAUCAAAUGUACAUUUUGAAUAUAAGACAUCUCAGAGCAGUUUUCGGUAUAAACCUUGUUGAGAAAGGACAUGCUUGUCUGGUUUAUAUUAAUGGCAAAAUUACUGGGGUUAAAGACUCUGAAGCUGUUGGAGGCUUGGAGCUGAGUUAUUGUAAAAGUAGUGUUUAGAGGUGUAUCAUGAAGUAUGAAGAUUUUCAGAUCUUGCUUGCUGGGCAGAGAAUUGAAUGCCCCAGACCCUUGAGUUUCAACAAAACAGGACUAGCCGAACAAAAUUACGUGGCAGAUUAUGGUACUAUAUAUAAAUCAGAGGUUUUGAAGACUGAUAAAUCCUUCAACCGUAUCACAUUUCACUUGGAAUUAUGCAAGAAGUUAAGAGAUAAAUGACUACAUCCUCGGUAACUUCGACAAGAGUUGUAAUUGAAGGUAUGGUAAUCUAAUGAUGGAUUAUUCUACUUAUAAUCCAGGCUGACUGCAUACAAAGAAAAUUGUAUGCUAUCAUCUCAAUGCAGGCUUUAGGUUCAUUCCCCUGCUGUUUUAAAUUAUUGUAGAUAUAUGUUGUAAUGGCUGGAACUUGGAAGGAGUUCAUUUUCAGCAGUAACUUUUAAAUAAAACUUUCCUUGUUUUUUCUUUAUU